CACCGCGGGGGCGCGGGGCAGCGCCGGGCAGCGCCGCGGGGGCCGCUCCGCCCGCUCGGCCCUGCGCAGCGCGCCGGCGGCACCCGCCCCUUCCCCCGCGGCCUCGCUGUCUCAGCGCCUCGCUGACGCACAAAGCGGUGCCUUCACCGCGGGCGGCCGCGGCUCUCGGGGGGUUGUCACGGAGCUGUCACGGAUUUUCCCCGCGCGGAAAUGGGUUUUUAUUGCUGUGCGGAGCAGGGGUGGUUAUGACGUCAUUUGUUUUGUUGGCGAAGUUGAUGUUCCUUUAACCCGUGUUAAAAAAUCCCUCGUUGUCAGGUGUUUUGUGCCUGGCAAACAAGGGAGCCGCGUCCAUUCAGAGGUGUGGGCCGGAAUUCCAGAGAUUGGUGAGCUCUUCAUUCUGGUUCAGUGAAUAAACAUUCCUUCUAGAAGGGCACAGGAGGUGUUUCUUCAAACAAGUGGCCUUCCUUAAAUCUUUCCAUGUCUGAAUGGACUCCUGAAUGUAAUAUAGUUUAUACUCCAGAAGCGGAUAUGAAGAGUGAAGUUCCUUCUGAUGCACCAAAGAGACAGGAGAGUCUGAAGGGGAUCCUCUUGAACCCUGAGCCUAUUGGGGCGGCCAAAAGCUUCACUGCAGAAGUUGAGAUGAUUGCCAGUAAAGUAGGGAAUGAGUUCUCCCACUUAUGUGGUGACUCUCAAAAGCAGAAGGACAUGAAUGGCAACCAUACAGACCAAGAAAAAAGUAUCGUGGUGCGAAAAAAACGCAAGAGCCAGCAGGCUGGUCCUUCGUACACUCAGAACUGUCCUGAUAAGGAGAACAAAGGAAUCUUGGGAUUGAGACAGCAUCUAGAAACACAGAGUGAGGACAAUGACUCUUCUUUUAGUGACUGUAUCUCUUCACCUUCCUCUAGCUUACACUUUGGAGACUCUGACACAGUAACAUCUGAUGAAGAGAAGGAUGCUCCCGUCAGACACCCUCAGGCAGUGCUGAAUCCUGCGAGCAGAACUCACAGUGCCAGGUCACACAAGUGGCCUCGCACUGAGGCAGACUCUGUACCCGGGUUACUCAUGAAAAGGCCCUGCUUUCACAACAGCUCUUUAAGAAGGCUCCCAUAUAGGAAAAGAGUUGUGAAAACAGGUUCGUCCCAGCGGACCCAGAACCAAAAAGAGCGGAUUUUGAUGCAGAGGAAGAAGCGGGAGGUGCUGGCUCGCAGGAAGUACGCGCUGCUGCCCAGCUCCAGCAGCUCCAGCGAGAACGAUCUCAGCAGUGAAUCUUCCUCCAGUUCAUCCACUGAAGGGGAGGAAGACUUAUUUGUGUCACCUGGUGAAAACCACCAGAACAGUACGGCUGUUCCUUCAGGAAGUAUUGAUGAAGAUGUUGUGGUGAUUGAAGCAUCCUCCACUCCCCAGGUCACUGCUAACGAAGAAAUAAAUGUUACCUCAACAGACAGUGAAGUGGAGAUUGUCACAGUUGGUGAAAACUACAGGUCUCGUUCUGCACUUGGACACACAAGAUCCCACUGGGGACAGAGCUCUGGCUCUCACGCUCCACGAGCUCCGGAGCAGCGGAACCGCAGCAGGAUCUCCACGGUCAUCCAGCCCCUGAGGCAGAAUGCGGCCGAGGUCGUGGACCUCACGGUGGAUGAGGAUGAGCCGACAGUUGUGCCAACCACGUCAGCUCGAGUGGAGCCGCAGGUCGUGAGUUCUGCUUCCAGUACCAGUACCAGUACCUCUACCUCAGAGCAGGCCUCUGAUGCAGCUCCCACCAUCUCCACCAGCCAGCCCUCUGCAGCUCCAGAGACGACUCCCAGUCUUCCCAGUGGCAGCACUGCUGGUACUUCAGCUGGAGAUGACAUAAGAAGAACUGCAUCUAAUACAACACUGGAAACCGGCCCUCCGGCCAUGCCGAGGUUACCAUCCUGCUGCCCUCAGCAUUCUCCUUGUGGAGGACCUUCACAGACUCAUCACGCCUUGGGGCACCCACAUACGAGCUGCUUUCAGCAGCAUGGCCACCACUUCCAGCAUCACCACCACCACCACCACAACCCUCACCCAGCUGUUCCGCUCUCCCCUUCGUUCAGUGACUCCAGCUGCCCUGUGGAAAGGCCUCCCCCCGUGCCUGCCCCGUGUGGAGCAAGCAGCAGUUCUGGCACCACGUACCACGACCAGCAGGCACUGCCAGUGGACUUAAGCAGCAGUGGUAUAAGAAGUCAUGGAAGUGGUGCUUUCCAUGGAACGUCUGCUUUUGAUCCCUGCUGUCCUGGUUCUUCAUCCCGAACGACAAUCUACGGGCACCAGGCUGGGGCUGGGCCGAGCCAGUCCCUGACCAUAGACGGAUAUGGAUCGAGCAUCGUUGCUCAGCCACAGCCCCAACCUCCUCCUCAGGCAUCGCUCUCCUCCUGUCGCCAUUACAUGCACUCUCCUUAUGCUUCCUUGACCAGACCUCUUCACCAUCAAGCUUCUGCAUGUCCUCACUCUCAUGGAAAUCCUCCUCCACAGCCACAACCUCCACCUCAAGUAGAUUAUGUUAUCCCUCAUCCAGUGCAUCCCUUCCAUCCUUCAAUCUCCUCUCAUGCAUCUUCUCAUCCUGUUCCACCUCCACCACCAACUCAUCCUUUAGCCAAUGCAGCUGCUCCGAUCCCACAGCAUCUUCCUGCAACACACCAGCCUAUAUCCCAUCACAUCCCUGCAACAGCACCUCCGGCACAGAGGCUACAUCCUCACGAGGUGAUCCAGAGGAUGGAGGUCCAGAGAAGAAGGAUGAUGCAACACCCAACACGUGCUCAUGAGCGGCCUCCUCCACAUCCUCACAGAAUGCAUCCCAACUACGGGCAUGGGCAUCACAUUCAUGUGCCUCAGACUAUGUCUUCCCAUCCUCGACAAGCUCCAGAGAGAUCUGCCUGGGAACUAGGAAUUGAAGCUGGUGUGACUGCAGCUACUUACCCUCCAGGGCCUUUGCAUCCUCACUUGGCCCACUACCACGCACCUCCUCGACUGCAUCACUUGCAAAUAGGGGCACUCCCUCUAAUGGUACCAGACAUGGCGGGCUACCCUCACAUCCGUUACAUUUCAUCGGGAUUGGAUGGAACAUCAUUCAGAGGCCCUUUCAGGGGCAAUUUUGAGGAGCUGAUUCACUUGGAGGAACGAUUAGGCAACGUUAAUCGUGGAGCAACACAGGGAACUAUAGAAAGAUGCACAUAUCCACAUAAAUACAAAAAGGUAACAACUGAUUGGUUCUCACAGAGGAAACUGCACUGCAAACAAGAUGCAGAGGAAGGAACAGAAGAAGACACAGAGGAAAAGUGUACCAUCUGUUUGUCUAUAUUGGAGGAAGGUGAAGAUGUCAGGCGCCUUCCGUGUAUGCACCUUUUCCACCAAGUCUGUGUAGAUCAGUGGUUGAUUACUAACAAGAAGUGCCCCAUUUGCAGAGUGGACAUUGAGGCUCAGCUGCCCAGUGAAAGUUGACACUGCUUUCCAGAACUCUUGUCCUCCCGCUCGCUCCCUCUCAUCCCUCCUGGUACUGCAGUCAACCAAAGAUGGCAUGACUUACCUGCGCAGAUGUGGAACAUUGAACCUUAGAGUGCUGGCUCUGCUACAUGGUACAACUAAUGCUAGACCUACAGUUUAUUGUAGAAGACAGUUGAGUUUCAGUGUAUUUAUAAUUUUUUUUAAAUUUAUUUUUUUUUUUUAGGUUUUACAUUUUUUUUCUUUCAAUUCAUUACUGUAUUUUUGCAUGGUUCCUUGUAUUGCAUUUGUUUGCACAUAUUAUGGGCUUUGUGACCCCAAACUUGCAGGCAAGAUUAGCUGCUUUAGUAAGUAGAGUUGUGUGGUCUCUUUCUUUUGGUUUGUUUUAUGUAGUAUCAAGCUUUGAAAGUAUGAUUUCACUCAUUACUAACCUCGAAUUCCUUAAUUUAAUCAAUCAUAUAUUUUAGUUUAAAUGUAUAAAGAUCAUCUAGAAAAGGAUAAUAUUAUGUAUUGAGACAUUCCUUAAUUAGGAAAAAAUGGCUGCUGUAUAUUUACAAUAUCAGUUCUGAGUCAAAUAACAUCCUUAAUACUGGGAACAGAAUAUGGACUAUAUUCAGUUUGACUGAUACAUAUAGCAUACUCAUCACCAGAGUUUUUGUCUGAUCAGAUUUUUGUGUUUGUUUUUAAAAUUUCAGCACAAUGCAGAUAUAUUUGAAUGUCAAUAUUAAACAUUUAGACUGCUGUUCAGAUUGUAUUUAUCAUUUUCUUCUAUGUCUAGAAAUUUGAAUCCCUAACUUAAAUAUAUGCUGCUGUGAAACAGCUCUAGUGAACACUAAAUGUUGAUUUCAGUUAGCUGGAUUGUAGAUACUUGCAGAUUGAAAGACUUAUUAGGGAAAUGGAAAAGAAGCUUAGAAUCUGUUUGGUCUUCUGCUAACUUAAGUUGAAGUAUCUGCGCACAUUGAGGGUUGUUUUUUUUUCCUUUUGUUUUUGUUUUUUUUUUUCCUUUUUGUUGUUGUUGCUGUUUGGGUUUUGUUGUUGGUUUGUGGUUUUUUUUAAUAUAAAACCAUUCAGUAAGGACUUAAAGCUGCAGGGUUUUUGUUUGGGUUUAUAUACAUGCAUUCAUAGAAUUUCUAAGGAUUCCAGGCGUGUCUUGGGAUUUUUAUUAGAUUUAAAGUUAAUAAAGUUAGCUAAAUCCACUUGUCUCUUGUUUUUAUUUUUCAUUAGUAAAUUGAAAGCCUGUAAAUUUCUGUAGAAACUGAGACACAAAUUAUGUGGUUACCUAGUUUUUGCCUUGAUCAUAGAUUCCCUCUUUAUAAAUUACCAACAGUCCAUCACUGAUUGAAGUAUUUUCUAUAGUUAAGAUUUGCUGCAUAAUAUAGUAUAUAGAAUUAAGUUAUAAUGUACUAACGUUUUGCCUUUGGAGGAGGUUUUAAUCCACUUCAGGAUCCAAGUUGCUCAUCAACAUUCUUUCACAUAUAAUAGAUUAUAGUUUAUUUAAAUGUGCUCAACAUUGCAAAAUGCAAAUGUGCAGAAACAUUGGGACAGUAUUUACUGUCACUUUGGAAAAGCUGUUCCUCGGGGAUCAUAGAUGAACAUGUCAAUUAGCUUGCAUUAAGCCACCUGCUUUGUAAGUGGAUUGAAUAAUAAAUACCUUCGGUUUCUCUUG